AUGAGAAAUUUGGAGCACCAAAUAGGACAACUUGCCAAUGCCCAAAAUACUCGACCAGUUGGAGCUCUUCCAAGUGACACUGAGGCUAAUCCUAAGGCAUCUAUUAAUGUUGUCUCAUUAAGGAAUGAGAGACAAUUAGAAGAAGUCCAGUCGAAAAAGAGAAAACAAGUAAUCUUUAAUGAGAAGUCGGCCACUAUAGAGUCAGAAUCAGAAAAAUCAAAGGAGUCUGAGAAGCAAGCUGAAGAGGCGGUGGCUAAGCAACCCCCACCAUUAGUUUCAAGGCCACCACCUCCGUUCCCUCAAAGAUUGCAGAAAGUGAAGGAUAAUGUCGCGUAUAAAAAAUUUCAUGAUAUUUUGAAGCAGGUGCAAAUAAAUAUUCCAUUGGUAGACAUCCUGCAAGAAGUACCCAAAUAUGCAAAAUACAUCAAGGACAUAGUGGCAAAUAAAAGGAGGCUGACUGAAUUCGAGACUGUGGCACUCACUGAGGAAUGUAGCUCUAGAAUCCAAAGCAAGCUACCUCAGAAAUUGAAGGAUCCAGGUAGUUUCACAAUCCAAAUCUCGAUUGGUAAACACGCAGUCGGACAGCUGGGUUUGGGUGAGCCGCGCCCAACAACGGUAAUCUUACAGUUGGCUAAUCGCUCCCUUGCUCAUCCGAAAUGA